AUGGUGCUCCUCACCUCCUCCCAAGUCUCGGUUCUCAUCUCCUCUGCCAUCGCCCUGUUCCUUAGCGGCUACGUAAUCCAGCAGCGAACCCUCAACCAGCUGCGCGAAGCCAUCAAGCCCGAGUCGCGGCCCUCACCCAAGGCGUCAUACUACGUGCCCGAUCACCUCAAGGAUGUCACAGCGGAGAAGCAGGAGCAGAUCAUCAUCGAGGUGAAUCCUACGGUGCCAGAGCGGCAGCAGCAGCAGCAGCAGCAACAACAAAAGCAGAAGGCUGGUCAGAAGGCGGCGGGAUGGACAUCCGAUAUGUGGCAGAAGAUGAUGGCUCCGUCAGACGAGGAAGAAAAUGGUGGCGUCAGCAAGGAAGACCUGGAGAAAAUGGGCGAGAGGGAGAGGAACAUCGAGGGCUGGAAGGUUAAAGACCAAAAGAACCCGGACCCCGAGGCCUCGAACCAAAAGCCUAUCAGUCGUGCCGAAAGGCGGAGACUGAUCAAGGAGGAACUGAAGCGGUUGGCAGAAAGUGAGGAGAGGGUCUACUAUCAGCGGCGACUGUGGUAA